GUCAAAAGAUUAUAAAACCCUACUUCAACUUCAUAAACUGGCCGGCCUUUGCCCUCCAUAUAUCCACCAAAGGAUAAAUUUUCUCGACAACCCCACAAAAAGAAAAGCAAAUAAUCCACAAAAAUCAGGAAAAAAAAAAGAUUGAAAAAAAAAAAAAGAAAAGAAAAUGGGAAGAUCACCUUGUUGUGAAAAAGCACACACUAACAAAGGAGCAUGGACUAAAGAAGAAGAUGAUCGGUUAAUUGCUUAUAUAAGAACUCACGGUGAAGGCUGCUGGCGGUCCCUUCCUAAGGCCGCCGGACUCCUCCGCUGCGGCAAGAGCUGCCGUCUCCGGUGGAUCAAUUACCUCCGCCCUGACCUCAAACGUGGCAACUUCACCGAAGAAGAAGAUGAACUCAUUAUUAAACUCCAUAGCCUUCUUGGUAACAAAUGGUCGUUGAUUGCUGGAAGAUUGCCUGGGAGGACAGAUAACGAGAUAAAGAAUUACUGGAAUACCCAUAUCCGAAGAAAGCUCUUAAACCGGGGUAUUGAUCCUGCGACUCACCGCCCGGUUAACGAGCCUCCAACUAAUUUUCCCACCACCACAACCGCCACCGAAAACAACAACAAUAACAAUAAUAACAAUAAUAAUUCAUUUCUUGACGCGACCACCACCACCAUAUCCUUUGCAACUACUUCUCAAACCACUCAUCAUCUAGUUAAACAAGAAGUAGAGGAAGAAACAAAGUAUAAUUCCGAUGGCCGGAAAAUCAAGAACCGGUUGCCGGAAAUUCAAGAAAGAUGUCCUGAUUUGAAUUUGGAGUUAAGAAUCAGCCCACCUCAUCAUCAAAACAAAAGUUCAUCAUCAUCAUCAUCCUCAUCAUCAUCAUACAUACAUCCACAUGUUCAACAUGAAAACUACCACAACUACCACCAUCAUCACCGGCAUGCAGUUACGGGUGGUACUACUAUAUGUUUUUCAUGCAGUUUAGGUAUAGAGAAUAGUAAGGAGUGCAGUUGUACAGCCAGUAUCAAUGGUACAAGCAGUAGCAGCACUGGUUAUGAUUUCUUAGGGUUGAAAACUGGUGUUUUGGACUACAGAAGCAUAGAGAUGAAAUGAUUUCUCAAUUCUCAUUUGGAUUUUCAGAAUUAUGUAUGAAUGAAUUUACACUAUAACAAAAUGGGGUAAAGAUAUUUCUGUAUUUUUUCUCAUCUUUGUCAGGAUAAUUUUUGUAUCCUUUUUUUUCUAAUUUACAAAUGUAAAUUUAUAAUACUAUCAAAAUUUUCUAAA